CGCGACGCGUCGCGCAUCGCCGCCGAGCGCACGAAAACGCGCGCACACAUGGACGCGCCCACGCCCGACGCCCCCGCGGCGACCGCGCCGACGCCCGCGCCGGCGUCGCCGAGCGUGAAACCGAAACGCGAACGUAAAAAAGUUGAAGUGUUUCAAGUCGUCGACGACGCGCCGAAGAAAUCGCUCGACGUCAAGCCGGGACGCGGGACGAAGCUGUGCGAGAUCCCGAACGUGGCGUUCAAGCUGUCGAAGAUCCCGCGCAAGGAGGAGCUGUUGAAGUUUGUGUAUCGCAUCCUGUACAAGGGGGUGGGCAAGCAACAAACCAUCAAGCGGGACAUCGGCGAGUUCUCGGGAUGGACGUUCGAAAACGACGGCGAGCGCGCGGUGAAGGAAGAUUUGCUGUCGAGGGCGUUUAAAGACACGCUGCACGAUCUUCUGGACUUGUUCGAGCUGCCGCGAGGAAGCGGGGCGGAAGGGAAGAAGGAGGCGCAGGUGGCGCGUUUGAUGACGUGGUUGGACGCGCCGAAGGCGAGCGGGAAAAAAUCGUUGGAGGAGGCGGAGGCGAAGAAACGCGCGGCGAAGGAAAAGAAACGCGAACGCACGGCGAAGAAGACGGCGGCUAAAGCAAAAAAGACGGCGGCGGCGAAAUCGUCGGCGGGUGGGUCGGCGAAGCAAGCAGCGUUGAUUAAAAAGUUGAAGGCGGAGAACGCCGCGUUGCGCGCGAAAAUCGCGAAGUUGACUGGAAAGGAAGAGGAGCCGGCGGAGGAAGAGGAAGAAGAGGAGGAAGAGGAAGAGGAAGAGGACGAAGAGGACGAAGAGGACGAAGACGAAGACGAGGAAGACGAAGAAGAGGAGGAAGAGGAAGAUUCAGACGAAGAGUUCACGGAAAAGCCGGCGGCUAAAAAGCCGAAGCCGGCGCCCAAGCCGGCGAAACAACAAUCUCCGUCGCCAGAACCGUCGCCGGAACCGUCUCCAGUGAAAGCACCGUCGCCCGCGAAGGCGCCCACGCCCGCGCCCGCGCCACCGGCACCCAAGACGGAACCGCCGAAACCGGUCGAACCGACGCCGGCGCCUGCGCCUGCGGCGGAACCGACCAACCCGCCACCGACGGCGGCCGAGCUCGGUAGCGCUGUUCGAAGGUUACUAGUAAACGCCGACAUGGAACAAGUUUCUAUGAAGAGCGUUCGCAAGGAUUUGGAAACCAAAUUCGGGAUGUCUCUGUCCGAUCGUAAGGAGGAAAUAAAAAGACUUGUCACCGAGUUUCUCGAAUCGCGAUAG